AUGACCGAUGAAUAUUUCCAGUACCCCGCUCUCAAUAAUGAGACGACUGGUGAUUCUAUCGAUGCCGGAGACAUUUAUUCACUAUACGUCCCUAGCUACAAUACGUACAUACCCAACGAGCGAGACGUGACCCAGGAAGAGGACCCAAUCCUUGACUUUCCGUCAACUCCCGACAGAAGAGCGCAGACCGAAUUGGAAGAAGAAGUAGCACUGCACCCCGAUGCGAGAUGGAUAGGGCAUUACAAUUUUGACGAUGCGCCCUCACCUCGAUUUUCCACCGCUACUCUGACUACGCGAAGCGACAUUGAUUCUAUCUUCACAAGUGAUGACGGUGGAUACAGCUCAAUAGCCGGACAUCCCGACGAAGCAGAGUCACCGGUCAAGCUUUUGAGACUAGAUUUUGAUAAAUCUGGGGUGGGCAUUCCUCUGAAGCGAUGGGUGGGAGAUGGGAAACAAGAAGAUGACCUUCAACCAUGCCCAAAAUACUUCGAGGUUCAAAGUCAGGAUGAAGAAGAAAACGUGUACACAACCGAAUGGACCCUGCAACCUUACGGCUACGGAGAUGCCACACAACCUGAGCGUUUCGAAGACGAUGACCCCGAGGUUUUGCUGGAUAGAGCGUUUGUGCCUCUGGAGAAAGGCUCGCUUCCCGAGGCGGUUGUUCCCAGCGGAGAAGGGGAGCCUCUCAUAGAGGUUGCGAGUCUAGGUGCUUCCACUAAGAGUCAAGUAAACGAGGCACAGUCUUACAUUGAGCAAGAGACCGCCAAAGUUCUUGUUGCAUCGCAGCCGGUUUGCGAAUCAUCAAAUAAACACGAUAGGAAGGCUGUGCCAGAGGUGUUUGAAUUCGCGCCUAGCAUAUUUUGA